CCCGUCCUUCUUCUCCCCCUCCCUCUUCCCGGCACCCGAUUUCGACCGGCUAUAAGAAGCGGGAGAGUGCAGUGCCCGAGCAGCUAGGCGGUCCAGAACCAUGGAGAGCUCCCGCCUGCGGCUGCUACCCCUCCUGGGCGCCGCCCUGCUGCUACUGCUACCUUUGCUGGGCGCCGGUGCCCAGGAGGACGCCGAGCUGCAGCCCCGAGCCCUGGACAUCUACUCUGCCGUGGAUGAUGCGUCCCACGAGAAGGAGCUGAUUGAAGCGCUGCAAGAAGUCCUGAAGAAGCUCAAGAGUAAACGCAUUCCGAUCUACGAGAAGAAGUAUGGCCAAGUCCCCAUGUGUGACGCUGGAGAGCAGUGCGCAGUGAGGAAAGGGGCCAGGAUCGGGAAGCUGUGUGACUGUCCCCGAGGAACUUCCUGCAAUUCUUUCCUCUUGAAGUGCUUGUGAAGGGACGACAGCCUCCACCUUCAGUUCCCAUCGUCCCUCUUUCCCUCAAAGGAGCGCUCCUUUAUCCCUGGAGCCUGGCUUUAGCAACAAUAAAUUUUGCGUUCCCCUCAGAGGGCGGGUGGGCUCUUCCCCUGCUGCUUUGAAAUAAAAGAUUUGAC